AUGCUUAUCAGUUAUAAACUUCAUUUAGUUUGGCUCUCUUUGGCCAUUGGAAGUGCAUUGGCUCAUGAUGGCCAUCACGAUGAAACGAUGUCUUCUGCCCAAAAUAUGAAUAAUGACAAUAACCAACAUCUAAUCGCUAAUACCACUAUUAAUAUAAUACCAACUCCUUAUCCAAUGACUCACGCCCAUGGCUUACCAAUACUGCAACAUUCUGAUCUAAAUAAAGCCCAAAGAUUAUACUGGGAAAGUUAUAAUACAACUACUUAUUUCACUACCGACGCUGGUAAUAAAUUUGCAUUGAAAUACCAUAUUUUAACUAUCACCUCUUCUCUAUUUUUCCUAUACCCAAUCUGUUUGAUGUUAAAUAAUAUAAGUUCAGGUUGGUAUAUCCCUGUAUUGACUUUGCAUUUCAUAACAAUACUAUCCUCAUUAUUCUCAUUAUCAAUUUUCCUAUCCUCUCUAUCAAAUAUGGAAGAUCUAUAUCCAAAUAAUUUAUACAAGAAGUCCUCGAUCAUUCUACUGUUUUUGAUAUCUCUGCAUUACUUCUCCGCAAUAAUUUCAAAAACCUUUAAAUGGUUAUCCAAUAAUUACAAGUUUGACAAUGAUAAACAAUUGAAUACAAACUCAUUCAUACCAUUAGAUAGUUAUGAUCAUGAUAAUACCUCCGAUUCUUCCAAUUUCAUCUCUGACGUAACACCAGAGAAUGACAUAGACUCAACUUUAACCAUCCAAGAUAAUCCAAUCGACAUUGAACAUAGUCCAAGCUCUUUACGUGGGGUCCACGGCUCCAGCACCAGGUUUAAUAAUGGAAAGGGUGCUCAUAACAGUAAAUUGGCCCUAAAAAUAUCAAAUAUACCAAUUAUUAGAAGAAUUUCUUUGAAAUUUGGUAUGGUCUUCAAUUUAUUAUUUAAUAUCCUAAACUAUCCAAUGCUAGUUUAUCUGUUCUUUAAUUUUACUACAGGCUUGGCUGUUGGUAAUUUAUUUGGUAAAGCUCAACGUAUCUUCAACUUGUUGGCUCAUUGGAUCAAAGGUGGUGUUUUUGUCAUACUAGGUGUAAUUUCAUUAGCACGUUACUGUGGAUUUGGAGCUAAAUGGGGUUGGGCUUGGAAUAAAGUUAUUAUUUACAAUAAUGAAUUCGAAAAACAUAAAUUAUUUUCAAUUAUACCAAUCCCCAGAGGUACAAUUACAAUGGAAGGUAUCGAAUCCUUUUUAAUAUUUUUUUAUGGCUCUACAAAUGUAUUUUUGGAACAUUUGGCGGGUGCUGGUGGUGCUUGGUCAGCUAAGGACCUACAGCACGUCUCAAUUGCCUUCAUGUUUAUUGGUACUGGCUUAUGUGGUUUAUUAGCUGAAUUCAAAUUAAAUAAAUUAAGAUAUAUCCAAGCAUCUCAAUAUCUAAAAGACCAAAAUAGUAUCGAUUCCAUUUAUGCAUUUUCUCCAGGCUAUUCCAUGAAUCCAUUCCCUGCAUUUACAAUAUUCUGGACUGGUAUUUUAAUGUCUCAACAUGCACAAGCUUCGCAGACAUCUACAAGUGUUCAUAUACAAUGGGGGAAUCUAUUAUCUUAUGGUUCAUUUUUCAGAUUGUUUACAUUUUUAAUCCUAUAUUUUGAACCUAAAAGUGAUUUUGAAACUCCAAAACCUUUUACUGAAUUGAUCACCUCUUUCUGUAUGUUAGCAGGAGGAUUAAUCUUCAUGGAAUCUACGGAUCAAGUUAUAGAAGGUAUGGAAUAUAGAGGAUACACCCCAAUGUUUACUUUCAAUAUCAGUGUAGGUAUGGUCACUUUGGUAAUGGCUUGGGAAAUGAUAAUUUUCUUCUGGAGAGAUUAUUUGAAAACAAGAAGAUAA